AUGUACCAGAUGUUGUCGCGGAAACAAAAGGAGGCUGAAAGCUUAGAAUCGUUCUAUGCAGAACUUAGUGGAAUGGCGGCAAGAUGCAAUUUGGGCACCCAGGAGCCGAAAAUGGCGAGAGACAUAUUUAUUUUCAACAUGAGGAACAGGGACGCGCAGAACGAGCUGUGUGGGGAAACUAAAACCCCGGAGGAAGCAUUGAGAAUCGCAAUGUCAUAUGAAAGAGGAGACAAAUAUGCAAAGACUUACAAGGGCGUCGCAUCCGGUUCCACGGGAACGGCGUAUCCAUCGCCAGGGGGUUCCCUGCAGAUCAAAACGGAACCAAUCAGCAAUAUUCGUGGAUCCAGGGGACGAGGAAUGCCAAGGGGACGGGGCCAAUACCCAAAUCGUGGAGGAGGUCGAACACAAGAACGAAUGCAAGAGCGAAGAUGUUACAAUUGCGAUCAACCGAACUUCACCCCAGAACACCGACAACGAUGCCCAGCAAGAGCCGGGGGGGGACAACCGGUUGGAUUAAUCCAAGGGGAUGAGCUAUUCGAGGAAGAAGAUACCCCCUCGGAUGACGUGGGGCCCCAAGUUGCGGCAAAUUCGGUAGGUUUCGUUAAACCAGAACACCACAGCUGGUCAUCAGAAAGUUCAGACGGCUACAUGGUUAUGGCAAUUAGACGGAAGAAGGAAACAGUAUUGAAAGUUGCCGGACCUAAACUCAAAAUAUACAUUAAUAGGCACCCGAUGAACAUUUGGAUCGACAGUGGAUCAUCGAUAUCCAUUUUAACACUAGAAGAAUUGAGGAGAACAGUGGGAAGAGCGGGAAUUAAUUUAAAACAAGAUGACACUGACGAUGACGAAUUCCGGGAUUACAGUAACAGUCGGAUCAAGAUGUUGGGCAGAAUGGAACUCGAGUUAGCAUUAAACGGCUGGAAGACGAAAGCAGAAGUCCGAGUCAUUAGGGGGACCAGACCAUCCAUUCUGGGACGUGAUUUGAUGGGGAAACUCGGACUCCAGUUGAUGCAAGCAGAUCCAAGGGGGGAAGUAAUGAAUAUCCAGGGGACGGAAGCCAAUUCAUGCAAUGAGGGGCACGACGAACCGGAGGAUAAGCAGAUGGAUCAAUGGCAAUUAUACUUCAAUAAGCUAUUCCCAAAACUUUUUACUAGAGUUGGAAAAAUUAGGAACUACAAGGUUCAAGCAGAGUUUUUCAAAAAUCUUGUACCAGUGCAGCAGAAGGGACGGAGAGUGCCGGUAACGCUCCAAGAAAAGGUGGACAAGGAAAUUGAUAAGCUAUUAACCCAGGGACAUAUAGAAAAGUUGAAAGAGUGUUCGGAACUAUAUUACAUUUCUCCGAUCGUCUUCACCGUAAAAAAAGACUGGUCCGUAAAGUUAGCAUUGGAAUCUCGAGAGCUUAAUAAACAAGCUCAUAAAAACAAAUACCAAAAUCCAAAUAUAGAAGAACUUGUAGAUACAAUAGGACAACUUAUUUCCGAGAAAAAACAAGGGGAGAUGUACUUUACUACGAUGGAUCUAACGUACGCGUAUGGGCAACUACCGCUUAGUGAAGAAACAAGCGUGCACUCUAACUUUUCUUUGGUGGGCGGACGGUCGACAGGAACAUACCGAUUCCGAACUGGGUUUUACGGGCUAACGUCCAUGCCGGCAGAGUUCCAACGAGUAAUGGACUCAAUUUUGAACGAACUCCCACAAGCGAACGCAUUUAUUGAUGAUAUUUUGGUUACAACCAAGGGAACGGAAGUAGAACAUAUCUCCUUGGUUGAAAAGAUCCUCAGGAAACUAAAUCGCGAAAACAUAUCGCUGAAAUUAGCAAAAUGCGAGAUUGCGAAACGAAAAUGCGAGUGA